ACAAAAACGGAAUAUGAAGACAAAUUGAAGAAAAUGCGAGGAAUAUUUAAUGCUGCAAACAAAACUAUAAAUGAGCUAAGACAAAAUGUAGCUUCUAAAAAUACAGAGAUUGAAGAGUUGAAAGCAAAUAUAGAAAGUCUAGAAGAAAAAGAUCAAAAAACAAAAUCAACAGCAGAUGAAAGUCGAAAAUCGGUGGAAAAGUUGACAACAGAAAUGCAUAGUCAGGCGGCCAUGUAUAAUUCACAGAUAGAACAACUGGAAUCAAAACUCCGACAAGCAACACAACAAACAACACAAAUUAAAUCAGA